UCACAUCUAAACUCAAUGCUGUAGUUCUCAAAAAGCGUAGAACACAAGCAGGGAGUGAAGAAGCUAAAAAGCGCGCGAAACUCCAUUAAAACACAACAAUGCCAGAGCUCCCAGAGGUAGAAGCGGCUCGAAGAGCCAUCGAAGAUAAUUGCAUCGGAAAAAAGAUAAUCCGAGCUCUGAUCGCCGACGAUUCCAAAGUGAUCGACGCCGUUUCUCCUUCCGAUUUCCAAGCCUCUCUCGUCGGCAAAACAAUCGUCGCCGCUCAUCGCAAAGGCAAAAACAUGUGGCUCCAGCUCGAUUCACCUCCUUUUCCUACCUUUCAAUUCGGUAUGGCUGGAGCUAUAUAUAUUAAAGGAGUUGCUGUUACUAAAUAUAAGAGGUCUGCUGUGAAUGACACUGAUGAGUGGCCUUCCAAAUAUUCCAAGGUUUUUAUGGAACUUGAUGAUGGUUUGGAGUUAUCGUUCACUGAUAAGAGGCGGUUUGCUAAAGUUCGCUUACUCGAAAAUCCAGUCUCUGCGUUACCUAUAUCUGAGCUUGGUCCUGAUGCACUCUUUGAACCUAUGACAGCAGAAGACUUCUUUAAAUCUCUUAGCAGUAAAAAGACUGGAAUUAAAGCUCUUCUACUGGACCAGAGUUACAUUUCAGGCAUUGGCAAUUGGAUUGCUGAUGAAGUGUUAUACCAAGCAAGAAUUCAUCCACUGCAAAUCAGUGCAAGCAUAUCGAAAGAAAGUUGCUUCGCACUGCACCAGUGCAUUAAAGAGGUUAUUGAAAAAGCUGUCGAAGUUGGGGCUGAUAGCAGUCAGUUUCCAAGUAGUUGGAUAUUUCAUUCUCGUGAAAAAAAGCCUGGCAAAGCUUUUGUUGAUGGGAAGAAAAUCGAAUUUAUUAAUGCUGGAGGCAGAACAUCAGCUUUUGUACCAGAGUUGCAAAAAUUGCCUGAUAGUCAAGCUGCUAAAGCACCAGUUAGAUCUCGUAAAACCCCUAUGAAAGACGAGGAUGUGGAUGAUAGUGACGACGCCGGUGGUCCUGAAGAACAAGUUCAGGAGGAUGCAAAACAUGUGGAGCUGAAAGGAAAAAACACUACCAAGAAAGGCAAAAAGCCUCCUGCAAAGGAAAAGAAUACAGUAAAUGAUAGCAGGGGAGCCGCUGUUGAAGUGCGAAGUAGAGGCAAGAAUCCUUCAACAAAAGGAAAACAUCAGGAAGAUGAAAAGGAUGUUGUAGACCAGAAAAAGAAAACCCGAGGAGGUAAGAAAUUGCCUGCAAAAAGAAAGUCGCUGGAAAGUGAUGACGAGCAUGAUGAUGAUGGUGUUGAUAGGGAUGAUGACAAGGAGGAUCAAGAGAUCAUAAAGGAAGAAAAAAGCAAGGCAAAGAAGGAAACAGGCAAAACGGGCAAGCAGCCAAAGAAGAGAUCAAGAUAGUUUGUACUACCCCUUGCAUCUCAUGUUUUGGAACAUUAAAAGUCUUUUGCUAUAAAGUGAUGUAGUAAAGUGUUAAGUGGAAGUAGAGCAUAGUUCUCUCAUCUUUUCACCUACAUUCUCCAGGUGCCCAUCAAACUGUCAGCGGCCUCUAUGGCCCAUGCGAAGACACGAGUUUGUAAAUUUUAUGUUUGACUCGCAAUCUUAUGCUGCUUAGCGAACAGUUCUUUAUUUCCAUA